AUGGCGACUGUAAUUGAGAGUGCUUCGAGAACGCAUCUAGGGAACGACUCAGCGCAAGACAUGAUGGGCGCUAGGACGAUUCCCAUUAUUACCUCCACUACGCCGACACCUACCAUAAAGACCUCGGCCCCAUCUCCUCGCGGUGACCCCAUGGAUCUCACAACCCCGACCGAUUCCUCUGUCCCUGGCUCCUCUAGCAAGAGCCCAGAAGACGGCGCCAACGAUCACAGCAAUGCCUCCUCGAGCGACCACCAGCUAGGUUCCAACUCAGCUGCCAUGCCCGCCCCAGCCAUUGCUGCGGCGGCCGUCCACCAGCCAAAAAUCGUACAGACGGCUUUCAUCCACAAACUCUACAACAUGCUGGAAGACCCCAAUAUCCAGCACUUGAUCAGUUGGUCGCAAUCCAAUGAGAGUUUCGUCAUGUCGCCCUCGCAGGAUUUCGCCAAGGUUCUUGCACAAUACUUCAAGCAUACCAAUGUCUCGUCCUUUGUUCGCCAGCUCAACAUGUACGGAUUUCACAAGGUUAGCGACGUGUUUCAUACAGGAAGCCCCGAGACUGUGCUCUGGGAGUUCAAGCACGGCAAUGGCAACUUCAAAAGGGGUGACCUCGUAGGUCUGCGUGAGAUCAAGCGUAGAGCCUCACGCCAUUCCUUGGUGCACCGAGAGUAUAAUAACUCAAAGCCAACACCAUCUCAACCUGGCACCCCAUCAGAGCCUAUGCCGCCCAUCCCUGAUGGAGCUGACCCUCGGGUGGUCGGAAUCGAGCACACCCUAUACGAGAUCACCCAGAGACUACAGCGGAGCGAGGAGAAUGCUCAUUACAUGCAUAUCAAACAACAAGCCAUGAUGGACUCAGUAACGCGGCUGCUUGAAUUCAACCAAUCGUUGUCGAGGACAUUUCUCUCGUUGGUCCCAAACCCCAACGAGCCUCUACAUCAAGAUGUCCUGAAAUUACAGGGGGAGAUUCAGCGACAAACUGACAUCUUCCGCUCGCUGGAUGAGCCGCACGAGCCACCGCUUUCCAGUAGCCGACAGUUUUUCGCCAACAUCGACAAUGCCCCUUUGUCGCCCCGGCAAUUAGCACAGGACGAUCAACGAAGGCCGAACACACUGCAGGCGAGAGGGACAAACUUCUAUCGUCCCCCGGUCCCCUCCAAUCUAUCUAUCGGGUCACGACGGCCUUAUGGAUCCAUUAGUGGUGCUGCCCCUUUAGUUACGAACCAAUCGUCACCCUCUCCUCUUCGCCCCCAACCACCACCCGUCCCCCCGGGACCUCACCCGCUAUCUAAUGUAGAGGGGCCCGGCAGCAUGGUCCGUCGCCAUACGUCGGCAGAUAUACGAGCGCAUGAGUGGCAGGCAGCUCCAAACCCUUUCACGGGAUCCGGGCAGUCGUCGUCUCAGUGGCCAUCUUCGCCAAAUCGCUUGCCAAAUGACGACCGAGGCCCUCGUGACUCGCUCUCAGCUUAUCCUCCGCAUGCACACUCUCUUUCUCGACCAUCAACACCUCCCCCUCCCCCACCGUUCUCCAAUGGUAUCAGCAACAUGGACAGUUUUAAUAACUGGUCCUGGGGUUCGGCAGGCAGAGAGAACAAGAACCUCUCGGUCAAAGACAACUCGCUGCCGCCAACCAGAAGGGGCAGCAUGGCUCACAUCCUAAACCCGAGCGAUACUGCCGAGCAUGAAAACGAAGACGACGGACGAGGAGACGACGACAGAAAAAGGAAGCGGAUGCUCUAA